AACUACAACUUGCACCUUGGUAUGUUGAACGGAAGCCUAGAAAGGACAUUUUGAGAUUUCUGCUGAAAGUGUGCUGUUCUGCUUCACUUUUCCGACUUAGAUCAUUUUAGCAACGUAACUCCUGAAGUCGUGAUUUGUUUAAAAAGGCAAACCCGGAUCUCCACUGAUGCUGCCAGGAUGGAGAAAUCUCUCUUGGACUUUUUACUUUCUGAAAAGCAGACUUUUAAUCUGUAAAAGUUCAAACUUUAACACUUCAGCUCUGUUUCCCGCAGCUUCAUUCGCCACUCAGACCAGACUGACCUCAGGUCUUCUUCUGCGUUCCUCGUUUCAUUCUCCCUCUGUCCGCCGCCUCUCGGUUUCUGCCGGCAAAAUGGAGCUGAAGGAGGUUCUGCAGGUUCUGGAGCAGCUCGCUCCUCUGUCUCUGGCUGAAUCGUGGGAUAACGUCGGCCUGCUGGUGGAGCCCAGCAAAUCUCGGCCAAUCAAAACCGUCCUGCUGACCAACGACCUGACGGACGGCGUCAUGGAGGAGGCGGAGGCCCUGAGCUGUGACCUCAUCGUCUCGUAUCACCCGCCGUUGUUUCGGCCAAUCAAGCAGCUGGUUCAGAAAGACUGGAAGCAGCGGUUAGCCAUCCGGGCCGUUGAGGCUGGGAUGGCUGUCUUCUCCCCGCAUACGUCCUGGGACAGCAUGAAGGGAGGGGUGAACGACUGGCUGGUUGGCGGUCUGGGCAGCGGUCAGGUGUCUGUGCUCAGUCAGGCCCUCAGCGGCGCCUCCCACAGUCACAAACUGGAAUUCAUGGUGAGGAGUCCAGAGGAGCUGAACGCUGUUGUGGAGGAGCUGAAGGCUAAUGAUGAUGGAACAGCGCUGCAGUGUUCAGGCACCAGACCAGACAGCAGCAGCAUCCAUGUCAGCUUAACUUGCAGUGCCUCAGCGCUGACCUCUAGUGUCCAGAUACUGUUAAAGCACAGUGCUCCCUGCCAGUCCCUCAGCAUCCUCAAGUUGGAGAAGGCUCCUCUGCCGGGCCACGGCCAAGGACGGCUGAGCGUUUUGGACCAGCCGGUCACCGUGGCAACAGCUAUCCAGAAGAUGAAAUCCCAUUUGGGAUUAGCUAAUCUCCGUUUGGCUCUGGGAGCAGGCAGGACUCUAGAGUCCUCAGUCAGCACUGCUGCGGUUUGUGCCGGCUCUGGAGCCUCAGUGCUGAGCGGCGUCCAGGCCGACCUCUUCAUCACGGGUGAGAUGUCCCACCAUGAGGUGUUGGAUGCAGUGGCGAAGGGAACCAGUGUCAUCCUGAGCGACCACAGCAACAGCGAGCGCGGUUUCCUGGCCGUGUUCAGGGAGCGGCUCGCCGUGCGGCUGCCCGACGCCGUGACGGUGGUGCUAUCCAAGGCUGACAGAGACCCGCUGGAGGUUGUCUGAAGGCUCCGAGUUGUAAAUAAAUCAUAAAACACAGGAAAGUCGUCUACUGAA